AUGUUUUACGUCACACUACUGGCAAAACUUGGGCCAGUAUUUGUGAGAGCCAAUUAUUCUCUACUUGUUGGUCAUCUCAUGACCGAGAUCAUAUCCUAUCCCAAGAAUGGAGCCACAAGAUAUGGCAAACUCUCUAUCCGGAAGCUAGUCGGCGCUCUUUUACGAGAGCUAAUAGUAGUACGAAUGCUGACCGAGCAGGGACAAAUAGCCGCAAUUCAAGAUCUUUCCUCAUCAUAUUUGAAAAGAUGGCCAGCAUUAAUGCUGGGGCAGGUAGCUCCAUCUUCAUCUAUCCUGACGAUAGCACUGGAGGAGGUUGCAGGUCUGUUGCAACAACUAAGCCAUGCACCUCCGCCAGUUCAGGACGCUGUCUCUGCACCAUUGACGACGCUGCUUACACAUCCAAGCCACUCAUCUUUACAACGCGACAUCGAAUCCCUUCAAUCUCCUGCAGCUCCUUCGGACAUUGAUCGCCAGACACUUGGUCAUUCCUAUGGUUUGGCAGCUCUUGCCGUCGUUGUGCCACAUUGCCCCCUAUAUGUGUCUUUUGACGUGUCAGCCGGCGUUCUCGACACCACCGCUCAACUCCUUAAGCUCACUAGUGAUCAUGAUGUUCAUAUCGCAGCAGUAGAGGUUGAAGUUGUCUGGACGUUGAUUGCCUCGCUGAUGCUGCUUGGACCAAAUUUUGUCCGCUCACAUCUACCUCAGCUACUGGUACUUUAGCGUAAUGCAUUACUGAAGCCUA